AUAUCUUAAAGCGCUCCCUCGAUUUCCUUUUAAAAGCUUGCCGGAUAGUGACGGAUAAUAACCGUGGGGAUUCCAGCGCAACAACAAAGGUAAAAUUAAAGAAAUAUAAUAAUCCGACAAACGCGUGAAUCAAAUUGAUUGAAAAAACAUUUCAUCCUCGUUUUCAACUCGACAGACAGCAUUUACGGCAAAAGCAUGGUAAAAAUCAGUUUGCCCUGGUUGUUGUUGGUUGUUUUGAAACUGGCCAGCCGGGAAAUCAAAUCUGACGAAAUCGUUACACUACAAGAAGUCUACGACUUAUGUCAAGGAGACACAAACGCCGAAAUAUGCGACUUUCUGGGAAAAUCGCCAAAUUUUCUAGACAUCGACAGGAUGGAAAUGCCGGACAAACGCAAACAAAAAACUGUGUUUUCCAGUUGGGGAGGAAAGAGGCAAAACAAUUUUCCCUAUUUGGGUAAACGGCCAGCGUUUUCCAGCUGGGGGGGCAAGCGAUCGUCGGACAAAAAAAACAGCCGACCCAAGCAAACGUUCUCAAGUUGGGGCGGCAAGAGGAGCAUGGACAUGGACACUUACAACAUGGAUACAACCGACCACCAAAUGGAAAAAAGAGAUCUAAACGGAUUCAGACCCGAAGACAAAACAAAUUACCGAAACAAAGUGACCAAAGGAAUACACGCUUUGUUUACUAUGUUUUCGGAUUGGUCAAAGGAGCCCGAAGAAAAGAAAGGCAGUCGAUACACUCGUGUGAAUGGCUUGAGGACAGGUUCGGAUUUUUUUUCAUGGGGCGGUAAACGCGCCAAUGGAAAUACCGAAUAAACAUUGUUUUCUUUAUAGUUUAUGUUAGGCGCAUUACGAUUUUGUCUACAUUUUAUUUGUAAAACUGUAAACCAUUUUCUGACCGUUUUUAAUCUUAAUAAAGUCACGUGUAAUGCUGAUAAAAUCUUACUUAAGCCAUAAUUAAUUACCUUUUAGGUAGUAACAAUAAUGUUAUGUUAAUGUGCAUAGUAUGCAUACGGUAUUGAUUAGUAUGUUAAAUUGUCGUAGUCAGCUCUGUGUUGUUAUAAAAUUUGGCUUUUAUUUUGAUGCUUAAUUUUUCCAAAUUUUUAAUAUUCUAGAAAAAAUCCCCCCCCCCCGACUUCCAUCCUUUUUGCUCCAGCGAGAAAUCAUAUACUGUGUUAUAAUAAUUUUUAUUUAUAAUAUAUAUAAUAUAUACUGUUAAUUAAUUUACAUUUUGAUGAAUUAUAUAAUCUGUCUACCUUACAAAAUUACAAACAAUAUUUU